GCGCCCCCGACGCGGCGCUCGGCUCGGCUCGGGCAUUUCCGCCUCUUUGUUUUAAACUCCGGACGGGUUUUUUCUCCUCCUCUUGGGGGGGACCCUGAGGGAGCGGCGCCCCCUCCCCCUCCCGGCGAGCCCCCUCGUGCGCCCGCUCGCCCGCCGCCUGAGACGCAGGCUUCACCAUGUAGCAGGGAAUCCAGCUCUCCCUUGCAGAAAAUGGAAAGAGAGCAAGGGCCAGAAGGAAGGUAUAGAAGUGAACCAGAGAGCAGCAUAAGGAGGGAUCGUCACAUCCGCAUGGUGGCCUGAAGCCUCCAUGCCACGGCAGGAGGAGAAACACGCAGACAUCCAGAGGAGAAGCCAAAGAUGUUGACCAGAAAGAUCAAGCUCUGGGACAUAAAUGCCCAUAUCACCUGCCGCCUAUGCAGUGGGUAUCUCAUCGACGCCACGACGGUGACCGAGUGCCUGCACACAUUUUGCAGGAGCUGUCUGGUGAAGUACCUGGAGGAGAACAACACCUGCCCCACCUGCAGGAUUGUGAUCCACCAGAGCCACCCGCUACAGUACAUUGGUCAUGAUAGGACCAUGCAAGACAUUGUUUACAAAUUGGUGCCAGGCCUCCAGGAAGCGGAAAUGAGGAAACAGAGGGAGUUCUAUCACAAGUUGGGCAUGGAGGUGCCAGGCGACAUCAAGGGGGAGGCGUGCUCUGCAAAACAGCACUUGGAUCCCCGGAAUGGUGAAACCAAAGCAGAUGACAGUUCAAGCAAAGAGACAGCAGAAGAGAGACAAGAAGAAGACAAUGACUACCACAGGAGUGAUGAGCAGGUAAGCAUCUGCCUGGAGUGCAACAGCAGCAAACUUCGGGGCCUGAAACGGAAGUGGAUCCGCUGCUCAGCCCAGGCCACAGUGCUGCACCUGAAGAAAUUCAUUGCCAAGAAGCUAAACCUUUCCUCCUUCAAUGAGUUGGACAUCUUAUGCAAUGAGGAAAUCCUGGGCAAGGACCACACCCUCAAGUUUGUGGUGGUCACACGGUGGAGAUUCAAGAAGGCCCCCCUCCUGCUGCACUACAGACCCAAGAUGGACUUGCUGUGAGCCUGCAUUGCAGACUCUGGCCUGCACCCGGCUGCACUUGGCUGUGCACAGUGACUGCGCCGUAAAAUGUUGCCUCUGGGUGCCAUGCGGACCAGAUUUCUGAAUAGAGAAUAUUUAUAACUUUUGUAUAAAAGAAUCCACACCCAACAAGACACUACCAGCACGCGUUUACAGAGGAUGAAAACACUUCGCAGUUUCAUGGAGCUGAACGUGCCCAUCUCUGCCUCUGGCCCAUAGGCAGAGGAAUGAGUGCCUGCAAUAGGCAUCCACACCACCCUCCGGCACAGAUUGCCCUUGCUUGCUUUCCAGGUCUUGAGAGUCAGAGUUCAUUUCAGUUUAAUUCCUGGAUUAGGUUUCACGAUAAGCCUCAAAAAUACUUCUACUUUUAUUGAGUCCUUCCUAAGUUAUUGAAACAUGUCUUAUGGUAAAUGAUAUUUAUGUUGCCUUUAGCUUCUUGAAGACUUAGAAGAUAUAUAAAAAUUUAAUUUAAAAGCAUACCAAAAGAGGCUUGCAUAGUACCAUGAUCCAGCCACGGUGCUUGAGUUCCCAUUUGCACGGCACCACCCAGCCCCAGCCUGGGCCUCCGGUACCCCCAGGCUUCCCAGCUCAGUUCAGGCACACUCAGCAGGGUAGACCAGAGGUGUUUUCGCCAGUUAAGUGUUGGCUGGCAGAACAGUUCUUAUUUUUCAAAAUUGCUUUUAUUAAAAUGGGCACAAGUUGUUUGGUGCCGUUAUUUAAUUUUUUACUUUUUCUUUCCCUUUUUUUGCGGUGGCAAGAGUGAUGGUGGUGUUUGUUUUUGGUGCUUAUCAGAUAAGUACAGCCUGUAGGGAGACCACUUCCACACUUGGGGGGGGGGGUAGGAUUGAAGCCUCCCAUGAGGAGAGAUACCCUGCUUUGUGGCCCUCCACAGAAGGUAGCUUUUGAGCCAAGCAACUGGGCCCAGCUCUGACCAGACAAAGUUGCUUUUUUGGUCACAGGCAAAAUCGAUCCCUCUCAAAUGUGAGAUGUUUUUAUCAAAGAGAAUAAGCUCUGCCAGUGCAGACACAUUGUUCCCUCAAGCCUGAGAUGUGGGCCUGCAAGGGCUGGGCUGCUUUCCACAGCAGCUGCAGUGCUCCCCAGAGCCCCCUUCCCUCCAUGGCCUCUCUGAUGAGCAGGACCAAAGCUGGUUAUUGGUCUGGGCCACCACCUCCAGCUCUUGCUGGGUAAUGAGGGUCUUGGUGUAUGUGAGGGCCAGGUUUUAGUGAGUCUCCCUUAGUGACUGGAACUUUUUCUUGGAUUUACUUUGAAAGCUGUGUUUGGGCUUGUCAACAUCCAGUUCCAUUUGUUUUCUUCUGCUUCCUGUUUCCCAUACACAAAAUGUCAGAAGCAGUGGCCAGUGAGACCUAAGGUCCAUGAUGAGGAAACAUCCGUUAGCUUAUCCAGGCAACCUUUUCUGCGAGGCCUUUCUAAAACACAGACACAAGCCUUGGUUAGAAAUUGGUCAAAGCUCACCUCUUUGUUCAAGCCCAGGACUGUGUGGAUUAUUCUGUUUCCUGAGCUGGCUAUUCAUCCAAAUCGUUUCUAGAGUUACUACACAAGGGUUUAUGAGUAAAUAUUACCUGUCUACCUCAAACCACAUGUACUGCUGAAGCAUUCUGUAAAACCACAUUAUCACAAUGCAGUUUUAAGUGUAACAUUAGAAUUUAGGUAUUUUCCUGUGUGGUGAAACUAAAGAAGGAUUAAACAGUUUGAGCCUCCAAAUUCAAAUAAAGUUAAUUCACCGUUAGAUCAAACUUAAUAUUGCUGUAUAAUCUCACAUUUGUAACUUUGUAGCUACCUUUGGAGUCACUUGACUUGCUAUGGUGCUAAGCUGAUAGAUUUCAUUGUGCAGCAAGGUGGGCUGUCGUGUCCAGCCCAAUUUCUGGCCAGGCACCAGGUGCCGCCCACCCCGAGCAACCCAGCUUCUGUCACCUUACCCUGAGCAAACCUCAGCAGCAAAAGUACCUAUUUUUCUAAGAUUCCACCAUGCAGCUGUCUUCACUGCAGGACCGUCCUGGCGCCCUCUGCCCUGUGGUCUGACUUGUAGCCUUACCUAGUUCAGAGCCGAGAGUGGAGGAACCUGCAUCAGUGGACGCUCUGGGUGGUCCGUUUCAUUCUGUCAAGCUCUCAUUUGACAUCAAAAGCUGAAUUUUACUUUUUCCAGCAUGAACACCAGGAUCAGUUAGCAAUUGGUCCUGUUAAGUUUUCUUAGCGGAUGGAAUUGCUGUGAAGUUGUUUUCACCACUGUUGUGCUGGUAAAGCGAAGGCUGUCAGAUGGGCCCUGCACACCCCUGGCAGCAGCGGGGCUGGCCUGUCCCGCACGUGGUCUUGCUGGACACCGUUUUCACAAAAAUAGAAAACUCAGAUAGAAUAUAUAAUAUUGAAUUUAAGAUUUGGGGGGUUAAAAAAGAAAACUUUAUAAAAUUAUUUAUUCUAUUUUAAGCCUUCUAUCAUAUAUUCCCAUCCAGUUGUUUGGUUUUGGUGGUCCAGCUUUAUUUACAGGCAUAUAAGAUGAAAUUGUAAGAUAUUUUGCAAGCUUCUUUUACUUUGAGUAGGCUUUAAUUCAUAUGUUUUUAUAGGGAUGAAGAGCAUUUUUAUGCUUUUGUGCAAUAGAUUCCAACAUGCAUUAUUAGAUGUGUUUAAAUUGUGAUGUAGCAUUGAUUCUGCUAAACAGAAAGGGAAUAUAAGAAUUUCAAAAUAUGUGCAUUUGCCUAUUUUGGCUUUUCUUUUUCAUUGUUGCUGUACAAUGCUGUUACUGGGAUUGUUUGCGUGAGUGUGUGUGUGUGUGUGUGUGAGAGAGAGAGAGAGAGAGAGA